AUGUAUACAUCUAUUUCAGUCUGUGAAUUAUCUAUCUAUCUAUCUAUCUAUCUAUCUAUCUAUCAUCUAUCUAUCUAUUUCAUUCUGCACAUUAUCUAUCUGUCUAUCUAUCUCGGCUUAUUCAUAUCUAUCUAUGUAUGUAUCUAUGUCAAUCUGGGCAUUAUCUAUCUAUCUAUCUAUCUUUUAUAUUCUGUAAAUUAUCUAUUUCAUUCUCCAACUGUUCAUAUUUAUCUAUGUAUAUAUCUAUUUCAAUGUGAAUUAUCUAUCUAUCUAUCUAUCUAUCUAUCUAUCUAUCUAUUUCAUUCUGCACAUUAUCUAUCUGUCGAGGCUUAUUCAUAUUUAUCUAUGUAUAUAUCUACGUCAGUCUGUGGAUUAUCUAUUUAUCUAUCUAUCUAUCUAUCUAUUUCAUUCUGCACAUUAUCUAUCUAUCUCGGCUUAUUCAUAUCUAUCUAUGUAUAUAUCUUUGUCAAUCUGGGCAUUAUCUAUCUAUCUAUCUAUCUAUCUAUCUAUCUAUCUAUCUAUCUAUCUAUCUAUCUAUCUAUCUUUUGA